AGACGCGCGCGAAGCGGUUUUGUGGGGAUUCCUUGUAACGGCGUUUUAUGUUUGAUACUUGUCCAGAGGGAAAUAAAUAUUUUUAGAGAGAGAGAGAGAGAGAGAGAGAGAGAGAGUGGUUUUACGAGUUGGGAAGAGUGGUUUUGUAACGGUUGAAGUGGUUUUGCGUUACGGGUUUGGAUCUCGGGAUUGUUACUAAGACAGAAAUAGAAAGUAACGGGUGUUAUAGUAGGGGAAAAGUCGGAGACUUUGUAUCAUAAAGCGGUAUUUAACGGCUUGUUAAUAAUAAUUAUUGUUAUUAUUGAGGUUUAUUUUGGGGAUUUAAGUGUGUAAUAAUGAGGUGAAUUAAAGGUAUAAAGAGAAUUUCCAUUUUUUUUUAUCUUGUGGGCGUUGAAUUUAUUUGGUGGCUUUCCUUUUGGUGUUGACUUGGUGAGCUUUGGUUCAAAAAUGAUGGCUGCGAAUCGAGGUGGGUCGUUUUCUCAGGCAAACAAUGAAGGUGGGGGCGGGGAUGAUCUGUAUACCGACCUAUGGAAGGCAUGUGCUGGCCCACUUGUGGAUGUUCCUCGCAAUGGGGAGAGAGUGUUCUAUUUUCCACAGGGUCAUAUGGAACAGUUGGAAGCAUCAACAAAUCAGGAGUUGAAUCAGAGGGUUCCGUUGUUUAAUUUGCCAUCGAAGAUCCUCUGUCGUGUCAUUCAUAUUCAGCUACUGGCGGAGCAAGAAACGGAUGAGGUGUACGCGCAAAUUACUCUGCUGCCAGAACCUGAUCAACCUGAGCCUACUAGUCCUGAUCCAUGCCCAACUGAGCCAUCAAGACGUCCUACAGUUCACUCAUUCUGUAAGGUGUUAACUGCCUCUGAUACAAGCACUCAUGGAGGUUUUUCCGUUCUUCGUAAACAUGCAACCGAAUGCCUUCCACAGCUGGACAUGACCCUGCCAACACCAACUCAGGAGUUGGUUGCUAAGGAUCUUCAUGGUUAUGAAUGGCGGUUUAAGCAUAUAUUCAGAGGGCAACCACGGAGGCACUUGCUUACGACUGGUUGGAGUACUUUUGUUACUUCUAAGAGAUUGGUAGCUGGGGAUUCAUUUGUUUUCCUCAGGGGAGAGAAUGGGGAGCUGCGUGUUGGAGUGAGACGUGUUGCUCGUCAACAGAGUAGUAUGCCAUCAUCUGUGAUUUCAAGUCAGAGUAUGCACCUUGGAGUCUUAGCAACAGCAUCUCAUGCUGUUUCAACUCAAACUCUUUUUGUGGUCUAUUACAAGCCAAGGACCAGCCAGUUCAUUAUAAGCUUGAACAAAUAUUUAGAUGCUGUUAACAAUAAGUUUGCAGUGGGAAUGAGAUUUAAGAUGAGGUUUGAAGGCGAGGAUUCUCCUGAGAGAAGGUUUUCAGGAACAAUUGUUGGAGUUGAAGAUUUUUCUCCCCACUGGGUUGAUUCCAAGUGGCGCCACUUGAAAGUUCAAUGGGAUGAGCCUGCAUCUAUUCCUAGGCCUGAUAGAGUUUCUCCAUGGGAAAUAGAACCAUUUGCAGCUUCAGUGCCACCAAGCAUGACUCAACCGGUUGCAGUGAAAAACAAAAGGCCCAGGCCACUGGUUGAAGUUCACACCCUUGAUUUAUCUUCAACUGCAUCGCCACCUUGGAAUUCUCGAUUGACACAGUCCCAUGAUUUAACCCAAUUAAGUGUUACUGCUGAAUGCAAACGAAAUGAAAAUCAUAUGAUAUGGCAUCAUAAGCAAUCAGAUAUUAACAGCCAUAGCAACUCUAUAUCUAGAUCGCCAACCGAGGGGGGUUGGCUAUCUUCUCCUCGUGUGAACGUUUCUCAGCAUCUGUUUCAGGAAGCAACAGAGGAUAGCAAAAGCGUCUCAAACUGGCCUGUUGUCUCAGGCUAUUCAACUCCCCAGUCAGCAAAGUUCAAGAAUGACCCAAUUCUAGAACCAAUAGAGAAAGGGAGAAAAUCUGAGGGAACUACAAGUUACCGAUUAUUUGGCAUUGAGCUCAUAAAUCACUCCACAAGCUCACUUCCUAUUGAGAAGACGCCUGCACAUCCAGCGAGUGUGUCCAGCGGUACUAUUGAAGGGCAUGUUAUGAGUACCUUGUCAGCAUCUGAUUCUGACCAAAAAUCUGAUGUUUCUAAAGAAAAGAAAUCUGAAGAGUUGCAAGUAUCACCAAAAGAUGUUCAGAGCAGGCAAAGUUCAGCUUCCACAAGAAGUCGCACCAAGGUUCAGAUGCAGGGAGUUGCUGUUGGUCGGGCCAUUGACUUGAGCAUGAUAAAAGGGUAUGAUCAGCUUUUAGAUGAGUUGGAGGACAUGUUUGACAUUAAGGGGCAGCUUCACCCUCGGGAUAAGUGGGAAAUCGUAUAUACAGAUGAUGAAGGAGAUAUGAUGCUUGUUGGUGAUGAUCCAUGGCCUGAAUUCUGUAACAUGGUGAGAAGAAUCUUUAUAUGCUCAAGUCAGGAUGUGAAGAAAAUGACUCCUGGAAGCAAACUCCCCGUGUUUUCCCUCGAAGGUGAAGGGACUGUAUUAAGUUCAGAAACAGCUGAUAACUGAAACAUGGAGCAAUCUGUUUCUGCCUUUUUCAUUUUUGUCAUUUUUAAUUUACUUUUAUGCUUGCUUUUGUUGUUUGGUUCCGGGGAUAAGUAGAGGCAUUUAGCGUUUGUAUUUGGACUCUGGAGGAUGGUUGGAGAGAAGGAAGGAACACUGGCUAAUUAGUAAGGCUCAGUUUUUCAGAGCUAACUACUGAAAGGACAUUCUAAAAGAUAGUUAUUGACUGGGUGGGUCUCUAAGGAGUAGUGGAAAUUAAACCUUGUAGGGGCUAGUCUGUACAUUUUUUUGGCAAUUGCUAGUAGUGGGGGUUGAAGGGGUAUAUGUUUCUUGUGUCUGUAAAUAUUUUGUGUUUUGGCAAUGUAAUUUUUUUUUUUUUUCUUUUUGGUUUCUAGAAUGGAAUUUUUAAUGCAAGAAGUUGCAAUGCCAGCUCCAUUGUACUGGGAUUAUUAUUUUA